AUGCGGCAGCUUUUGGCGAUCCUUUUUCUGGCGGCAGCCCUUUUCGUCGGAGGCGCAGAUGCCCGGAGGCGACGCCUCGGCCUCCCUCGACGUGACGUCAUCGAUGGGGUCAACUAUCCGGCCAAGGUGAUGUUCUACAAAGGCAUGAAGCUGGAUCACUUCACCUACUCUGAUACCAGAACUUUUGACUUGAGGUUCGUGAUGAAAUGAUUAAAUGAAACUAAAGCUUUCCGCAAAAAAUUAGAAAAAAGUUGGCAAAUUGUGAAGACUGGUUAUUAUUAAAAGAUAUUAAAUCAUUACUAUAAAACGAAAAAAUUGAUAAUGUUUUAAACUCACAAAAUAAGAUGGUUUUCUGCGAGAGAAAAAGCCGUCGAUCUCGCCACCCAGAGCGAUAAUUGUUCUUUUUUUUUGGUUUUUUCAAUUUUCCUCGAAAUUUCCAAUUCAAUGGCGUGCAAUGAGGUCUUUUUCUUGAAAUUGAGCUCAUUUUCGUUGAUGAAAAAAAAAAAGACGAAGAAGAGGUUCAGAUGGAUGUGGAACAACACGUUCUACAAGCCAGGAGGUCCAAUAUUUUUCUACAGUGGAAACGAAGGCGAUCUUACUGGCUUCGUCACGGCCACGGUAAUCAUAAAAUGCAAGCUUUACAAGAAGUCUGUGAUCGCACCUGGAUUGGCUCGACGCGUAACGACUGAGAAAAAUUUUUCAAGAGAGCAGCUAAACAAGUCUUUUUUGAGUUGGGUUUAUAGCUGAUUCACGGCUAACUUGGGACGCUAAGGGGCGUGUCCAGUCUGCGCUCUCCACGAGCCAGGCGCUAUCUCGUGCAUUAUCGUGUCAGGAGCCUUUUUUCGAUGGCUCAAGCCAGUCGUGAAUCAGCUAUAUCUUGAUCACAAACGCUACGGUUUGAGGUUAACCGAGUGCUUUCACGAGUUUUCAAGAUGAAAAAUAGAAUAAAUUUAUUUUUAAGUUAAUACGGAACAGAUGAUUUCAGGGAAUAAUGUUCGACAUCGCUCAAAUGUUCAACGCCGCCAUCAUCUUCGCCGAGCACAGAUUCUACGGAGUCACGCAGCCGUUUGGAAAUGAAUCCUACUCGGUGCGUUGAGCUCUAAUAAAAAAAAAGGAAAAUUCUCUUCGAUUAUCCAUCAAAUCUUUCCAGUCGAUCCCUCACAUGGGCCUCCUGACUUCGGAACAAGCUCUUGCCGACUACGCUCAGCUUCUCACAGUGCUCAAGGUUCUGAGUUUUCUAAAAAUCCAAGAUGAAAUCAAUUUCAGACCAAAAACAACCAGUUCAACUACACCUACUCAGCCGACACCAAAGUGAUCACUUUCGGCGGUUCCUACGGAGGAAUGCUUUCGGCCUGGUUCCGGCAGAAGUAUCCGCACAUUGUCGAUGGGUAACUCUUUUCUCAAAGCGCUUGAGAAUUUUCUGAAAGUUGGUCAGAAUAUUCCUUGUUGUACCAUAUGUCCUUUAACUUUUAACCUGUCCAACUUUUUAGAUUUCUAACGAUGGUAACGAAUUUUGUCGGUUCCUUUGACAUUGACUGUUUUUUCGAAUUAUAGAGUUCUGCAGUUCAGAACUUCCAGGAUCUCUAUCUGCUUUCAUCAUUAAGUAUUCUGGCCCGUUUCGAAAAAAUUCCCAACCACAAUGUGAAAUGAAAUUCCUUGCUCAAGCAGGACGGAAGCUUUUCCAGAGCCUGGGCAGGAUCGGCGCCGCUGAUCUACUUCCGCGACGGCGGCGUCGACCCCGGCGCCUUCGACAACAUCACCUCGAGGACCUACGUCGACGCCGGCUGCAAUCGAUAUAUUCUGGCCAACUGCUGGAACGCCGUCAUCCGUCUUUCCAGCACUGGUAAGCUUCUUCGGAAAAGGAUUCACGAAAAGAGGACUUUUCCAGCAUCUGGUAGAAACUGGCUGAACACUCAGUUCAAGUUCGACCCGCGGACUCCCAUUCGAAAUACUACCGAUGGCUGGAACUUCAAUUAUUACCUUCGGUAAGCUCUCACGAUGAGUCUAUUCAUUUUUAACUUCGAAAUUUCAUUUAAAAAAAGUGCCCAAAUUUUACUGGAUAUCUUGGAAGUUUCAGUUUGCACAAAAAAAAGUAGUUUUCCAGGAAAGAAACUUCAAAGUUUAAUCCUUAUGGAUUUUAUUUGAAAAAAUGAAGGCGCCGAUACUCAGAAAAAAAAAGGCAUGCAUUUUGAAAGUCUUCAAGGUUUUGUCAGCCUUUCUAAGACUCUGAAAAGAAGCUCAAUCCCGAGUAAAAUUAUCUCUUUUGUUAGCUUGAAAUGAAUUAAUCCAGAGAAGCGAUCGAGUACAUGGCAAUGGUGGACUACCCCUAUCCAACCGGAUUCUUGGAGCCUUUGCCGGGAUGGCCCGUCAAGGUUUCAGAAAUGUGUAUUUCAUCGGAACGAAAAAGGUUUGAGGCGGCUUGCGCCAACAUGAACGCCACCGGGACCAACUUCACGGAUCAACAGCUGGUGACGAUGGUGGUCAGCGCGGCCAACAUCUACUACAACUACAACAACAACGCCAGCUACGUCUACUGCAUCGACGACUCCAUCUGCGGAGACAGCGGCGUCUCCGGACUGGGGAACGACCAGCUGGGAUGGCCCUGGCAGGUGAUCCAGCUCAAGGAGAAGCGUUUCGAAGAAGAAAGACUUGCAGGAGUGCUCGGAAAUCAUCAUUGCAAUGUGCUCCAAGGGCGGCGACAACGACGUCUUCUGGAACGAGUGCGGCGCAGAUCUCUUCCAGACGCUCGCCGCCGGCUGCAGCUCCGUCUUCGGAAGCUUCAACUGGACCAGCGCGACGUGGAACAUCGACGCCGUCAAGACUCUCUACGGACUGAAUCUCGCAGGCGCCAGCAACAUUAUUCUGACGUAGAUAGGGACAAAGCUUAUCUCUUUCAAAAUUCACUUCAGACAAGGUCAUCUGGACCCCUGGUCAGGCGGCGGCUUCAAGAAGGACAAGACUGAUGUAUCGAGAGGAUUGUACGUUCUGGAGAUUCCCGGUUCAGCACAUCAUCUCGACCUCCGAACUCCCAACACCUGCGACCCUAACACAAUCACCAACGCACGCUUCCAGGUUCACUAGAAUCGUAUAAUUCAUUCUAUAACGUCGUUAUAAUAAUGAGCAAUGUAAAUUAUUUUCAAAGUAAGAACAAACAAGAGUUUCGUGCUCAGUUUUGAAAUAAACGCGCCAUAACGGCUUUUACUGUGGCUGAAAACUCUGGUUUAGUAGCGCGGAAUAGCCGAACCUUUAAGUAUCAAUAAGAAUGGGCUUUGAAAUUAAAUGAAGAGGUUCAGAUAAUCGGAAUCCUGCGCUGCUGGCUGGACCCUUCGUGCACGACGAAUCCGUCGCUGACCGACCUGCCAGCCAUGACCAUUCCAAAUGCGGCCUGCAAAGACGUCAACAACGGGUAUCCCUGGGGCCAAACUACGGCCUCCGCUCCAGCCGCUUUCCUCCUCAUCAGCUUUAUCGCAACUCUUCUUCACUUAUUCUAA